AUGACUUCCAUCACAAAGCUCCCCUGCGAGGUCAUGGCCUCAGUGAUGCGAAACUUGGGCAAUAUACGCUUCCUUCUACCCUGCCUUCUUACCUGUCGCUAUUUCUACUUGUGCUUCAAGGAGGAUUCGACGGUUGCGUCCGACAUCUUGGAGCAGCAACUCACUCCGGCUCUCCUACCAUAUUCAAUCGCCGUGUUUGAAACAACGAACCUCAAUGGACGGACCCAAAAUUCAGCCCAGGAGCUGGUCAAUACGCUGAAUAAGGAACCAUCCAAGCUAAGAAGCCGGUUGAGAAAGAUGCCAGUCCUUGUUCUUGUGAAAAUGGGAAAAUUGCAUGAGGCAAUACAGAGCUUGACGAUUCACAAUAUGCCGUCUAAUUUCAAAUGGGGCAGUGAUAGCGGGAGACCGUGGUUCUUUAGACAAUACGCGCCGUGGGAAAAUGAACAGUUAGGCAGCAUUUAUGACUUUCUAAUGCUCAAGUUAUCCGAAGCUUCAUAUGAUGUUCUUGCUCAUGACGUCAAGUUUGGCGCCUUGAGAAUCGACUAUCUCAGGACUCGUGGUGAUGACUGGAGGCAGUUCUGGCUAUCCUUAGGGAGUGGUUUUAUCUACAGGAUGACGAUUGAGACUUCAUACGAUGCAAAAAGAGCACUCUUAUGGUCUUCAAAAGGUGUCAAUAGCGCGAAUCUCUACGAUGCGCUCACAGCCGUAUCUGAUGAUGACUCGGAUGAUGACUCGGAUGAUGACUCGGAUGGUGACUCGAAUGACGAUAUCCCACUCGCCGAAUACACCGACGAGGCUCUAGAGACCAUGUUCCCAACUUCCGAUAGCGAAGACACCGACAAAGGUCCAGUUGAAGCGUGGCGGGCGGUCUUCAGCAACAACUUGCCCCGUAGCGCGCGGGCCAUGCUUCCAAACAACUCGGGGCUGAGAGCGUGGGCCUACGUGUUCUGGAGUUUGGAUCGUCUCAAGAGAUAUGACCUGAUGAAGCUUUUUGAAAAUGAUCCAGAAAACUCUGAGUCUUUGAGAGCUGAGAAAGACUGGAAUGGUAUGUACGAGUCGUUCAAGGAGCGUUCAAAGAUAGCGGAGAAAGGUGGCUCAGGUUACUGGAGCAAAGGCGACGAAAGCAGGAUUGUAUGGCAGUAG